AUGGCCUCACAGCCUCCGGCGGGCAUCGGACCGCUGCCGGCCUCACCGGCCGGCCCCGAUCGGGGCCCUGGGCCACCUCCAGAGCCAAUCUCUCCAUCAAGGGCUAAACGCCGCCGCAAUACCGAGACUCAGCCACUCCGGCCCAGCCUCGCGGGAAGCCAGCCUAACACCUUCAAUCCAGCUCCCCCAACGGCAAAGGGGCCUCCGACCUUAACUUCAGCCACUGGUAGGACCGCCACUGGGUCUGUCUUGUCCGCCCUGGACGAGGAGGCCAGGCACUAUGAGGCCCGCAAGGACGUCUUCUUAACCAUCGCGCAAUCUGUUGAUAAUGUCGUCUCCAGCUUUGAGGGCCCCAGGAAGCAGAUCGCGAAAGAGGCUACGGCCUAUGUAAUCCAAGCCCUAAAGAAGUUCAUCAACAGGGAAAAUGCUCCGACACUGAGCCGGAGCUGGGCCGCCGUCACGGCCUCGGCACCAGCUGCAGCUCCGGACCCCCACCGGGCUCCGACCCACCCGCAGGCCAGACCCCAGACAAAAUCCCAGGCCCAACCCCAGCCCCGACCUCAACCGAAAGAGGACCUCCGGGUCUUCGCCCGCAUCCCGGAGGAGGGCCUGUCAGCUGCCCGAAAGAACGCUCCUUUUGCCCUGCGACAGACAGUUUGCCGGACCUUUGACCUCCAACUGGCAGAUAUCCCUCACAUCUACCACAUUGCGACCGGAUACUCACUGAGGCCAUCAAACAAGCAGAUUCAGCAAGGCCUCCUGGCGGAAGAGCGAAAACUAGCGGCCUGUCUAGGAGCUUACAAGAUAGAGACCCCGAUAAACCAAGCUGUGGAGCGUUGA